UCUCAGAGGUUCGUGAAAGAAGUGCGGAGUCGCUGCAGAGCUGAAGUUUGUCAUCGAUGUGAUCCAGCCAACCCAGCCUCUACAGGAACAUUUCACUGGGCAUAACGCUGCCUCUGCCGUGGACAAGACUUGAUUUUAGUCCCCAUUGAGCAACAUGGGGCCGUUUCACCCAACAGGCAUGGCGGGUCUCCAGCACACUAUUAGCAUGGACAGUCGCGAGGACUUCCCAGAAGAGAGUGAAUGCUCCCAGGAGCUCCAGGGCCAAGACAGUCUCUCAGGGCUGUGUUUGCCUCCAUAGAAGACAGUGACAGUGACCCAGACAACCACGAGGAAGAUUUGUUAUACAACACCUCAGCUGAUGACCCUAUGAGCACCCAGAGAGCGCAGUGCCGCCUGCUAAGAGCGGGAGUCAAAGAGGAGAGCUUGGACACUGGAGACCACAGCACCUUUGCUUGUCCCCUCUGUUCACUUGACUUUGGCAGCCCUGAAAAACUAAUUUCUCAUGUCUACCAGCAUACAACCAUGAUGAGCAACAACAAAAGUUAUGUGUGUCCAGUGUGUGGGCGAGCCUUGAGUUCGCCAGGCUCUUUGGGAAGGCAUCUUCUCAUCCACUCAGAGGAUCGCCUAUCCAACUGUGCUGUCUGCGGCGCACGCUUCACAGACACCAACAACUUCAACAGGGAGAAGCUGAAAGAGGUUCUUGACACAAGCAGGCUGGAGGUUAGUGGAGGUAGGGAUGUGUGUUCUCUGUCUCUCUCCAGCAGUCCCAUGGUAAGCCCAAGCCCGGUGGAACGGUCCUGCCAUGCUCCUGGUUCAGCUCCCUGUCAUCUUCCUCCCCCAGACCAGGACCCUAAUCUGUGUCAGGGUUCAGACCACAUCUCCAGCCAGUGCCAAGGGCCCAGACCAUGUGCCGGCUCUGACCAGCCCUUCCCCUCACUGCCCGACAGUCUGCUUUCCGAAGGCCCAUCACUGGCAUCAAUCCCUGAAGCUCUAAACUCUUCUUCCUCUAGCCUCCCUCCUAUCCCUGAUAUUCUCAGUCCCAUGCCUGUUUAUCCAGCAGGAGUGCUGCUGGUAUGCAACAGCUGUGUGGCCUAUCAGCAGUUGGUAGACGCGCAGUCACCAAUGAGAAAGUGGGCAUUACGGAGGAAGAAUGAACCUCUAGAAGCUCGUUUGCAGCGUUUAGAGCGGGAACGGACAGCUAAGAAGAACAAACGGGCCUGUGAAACUGAGGAGGAAAGGGAGCUGAGGAGGCUUCGUGACCGUGAGGCCAAGCGCAUACAGAGGAUGCAAGAGACGGAGGAGCAGCGUGCACGAAGACUGCAGAGGGACAGGGAGGCCAUGAGGGCCAAGAGAGCAAACGAGACACCAGAGAAAAGACAGGCCAGAUUGAUACGUGAACGAGAGGCAAAGAGGAUCAAACGACGACUUGAGAAGAUUGACCCAGCUCUAAGAACACAGAUAGAGCACGAUCCUGCAGCUAUGGCAGCCCUCACGGCAGACAUGAGUCUAUUCCAGUUCCCCUGCCCCAUGCCCGUCUCAUCCAUUGAUAAUGGUUUGUUCAUGAAGUUACCCUGACUCAGCCCUGUUCAGGGCUGCUUCUGUAGCCAAAUUACUUAAGUUUCUAUUUUAUUACAUUUCAAACCUUAUGAACAGGGUUGGAUGUUUGUCAGAAAAUAACAGAUAUUAACACAAAAAAACUCAGAAGGCAGAAUUCAGGGUUUUUACUCGCGGCGAGGGACAGUGGCGCUGCUACAGCUCCCUUAAACUGCCGAAGAGACACCGUCCAACGCCAUGUAUUUAUUGAAUCACACAGGUUACAAGAAUAAAUGGGCGGUUACAUUUUUCUAUCAAAGUAAUACAAAGAAGACUGUGUGUGUGUGUGUGCGUGCGUGCGUGCGUGUCAGCUGCUGAGUGGUUUGCAUCAAGGUGGAUGUAGGAAGGAAUGUGCGUAGGGAGGACUGUCCUUGCGGAAGAUAACAUUUAAUGAGAAGUUGGUUUUCCCGUGAGAAAUACACUUUGAGAAAUACCCUUUGAUAAUAAUAAUAAGACAAACAAGCAUCUAUACAGCAUUUGAAAAACUCUUUAACAAUGUUUCAUGUUGAACGGUAUUAUAGCAUGUUGUAAAGAGAUUUGUCUAUUCAUCUGUUAAUGAAAACAGGUACUUUUCAGCUACUGUAUAUCUUAUUUGUGAUUUUGCACAUAGGCCAUCAGUGAUGAGACUGGGGAUGUUUUGGCCCAGUUACUCUUUGGUCAACUCUGUUUGCUCAAUGUUUUGAGUUAGUGGUGGCUGUACCUCUUUUCAAGAUGCCAAUUUGAAUUCAACUUGGAAGACUACCUACCUCAGCUUGCACCAUGAGUGCACCCUCAUACCUGUGGCUUAUAACGCCAGGCUAUUCUCAGUACUGUACAAUUAUUACUCACUGACACAGGUUGCUUAUUGUCGCCAUAGUACUUUUAUUUGCACAAAGGCAUUCAGAACAUUUAUCACAUAGUAUCCAGGUUUACACAGGUUUAUUUAUGGUCUAUCAAGCACAUUAUCAGUGUUUAAAUAUUUUUGGUUUCUUUUCACCUGUCGGUGUUACAUUUUUUGUAAUCUAAUUUUCGAGUGGUUUUGUAUUUUAUUUGUCUUUACUGAGCUUUCAUUGGAGCAUCCCUGAAAACUCAGUAUGUGCUGCUAUUGCUGUUGCUCAACAGUACGUUCGUUACCUCAGUUCUUGCAUCAUAACUUUGGAAUCAAGUGGUCAUAGGGACACAAUUCACUGUUUUCUGCUAACAGGUAUAUUUGUAAAAUACUUGAAUUUUGUUAGCUGUUUUCCCACAUGGAAGUAAAUCAUGAUAUUAACAUUUAUACAAUAUUUGUAGCUUUUCCAAUGUCAUGCAGACCUGUAGUAUUCAACCAGGAAGGUUAAUUGCGGUGUGAGUUUGGUACAGGAAAUUGGGGUUUGUUUUUCACUUUCAGGGGUGUCAUAAUUAGUUGACAAGAUUACUCAUUAAUCCUAGAACCUAUUUAAGACAUUUAAAACGUGCUAUUCUGUUAUAUUCACGAUUUCUGACUAAUGUGGGUUGGUCUUUAUCAUAUUAAAAGGCCAUAAUUUAGCUUGUCCUUAUGUUACCUCACUUUUCCUAGAAUUUAAACAGUAUAUUGUUUUUUUGUGAAGGACAAAAUGCACAACCAAGCACAUAUUUAAAAGUCACUUCUAGAUAUGUCUUUAUCAAACUUUUAAAUGCAUCAACUUCUAUGCAACAUACAGAAUAUAUCAAUAGUAUCAUAAAACUAUGCAGUAUGCAAGUUUAUUUAUAAAAUAGUGUCAAAAGAUGAGCUUCUCAGGCAUCUAACUCAGUUAAGAUUAAGAGCCUUCUACAUUUUGGUCCAUAAAACUUUAUCAAUUCAGUGUGCUAUGAACGUAAAGGAUAGUUAUGUUUCCUUCUUGUUUGUCGUACAAAGACAGGGUCUCACUGCCAUCUUCUUCACAUUACACUGUACCCAGAACAGCAUUCAACAGCUUUGUGUAUACUGACUAUGAAUACUGGGUAUUCUCUAAGGUUUUUACUUUUAGACUGCUGUGAUGCUGUUUUGUUAUAAAGUUUUGUUCUAUUGUUGAAGACUUUGGGGGAGUUCCAAACUCUUUGGUUUUACUUAAGGCACUGGGUGGAACAUUGGGUUUUUCUUCAAAGCAGGGCAUAAACAUUUUGUAAGCACUGCAUGAUGUAAACCUGCAUUCCUCAAAUGUUCAGUAUGACUAUGUUCAACUGUUUAUAUGCCUGCCUGUUUUUUACAGUAUAUACAAUGUGACAACACUAGCCUUUUAAAAUUCAGGAGUUGGUAAUGUCCAUGUUUACAGAAUACCAUGACCAAGGCCAAAUGAACGAGCUGAUGUUAAAUAUUAUGCUAAAGUCAAUAUCUCUUGGUGGAAAGCCACCAUGUGACUUCUUUUGCAGUUGUACUGUCCAUGACUAAACUUGGUGAAUGUGGAAAUAAACUUUGACUUUAUUCAAAUUAAUCUGCCUGGUUAUUUCCAACUGCAAAAAAAUA